CAUGGCUUCACGGCCGCGUCUGCUUCCGGUGUCUCCUUGCCAAGGGACAACGUCGGCCUCGCUUCUCCCAGCGAAAGGGAGACAAGAGGAAAAGGACGGAGAUGCAAGUCGAGGGCAAAGAAAAAGGCGCUUGAUGCGAGGGUCUGCCCCAUUUGUUCUUCUCCUUUGGUUUCUUCCAUGUUCGCAACGAGAGAAGUCCGACAAAAAACUCCAGAGGGUCAAGACUCGGACAAAGACGCCGACGGCUGUAGAUCCAAGUCUAGGCCGUUCUCGCUACCGCUCGUUCUCCAUGUCUUCUCCUCUCGCUCUCUCGUCCUCGCGUCCGUCCGCUGUGCCUGCUUUUUCCUUCUCGAAGGACUCUGCGUUCUCUUCCAGCUCGUCCUUCUUCUGUUCUCCCUUCCCUGCUGCCCUUCGUUCCGCCUCUGCCUGGCCCUCGAGUUCUGUCAUUCUCCCCGCCGCGGCUCGGCCUGUCUCGCCCCCUGCCUCGUGUUCCUCCGCCGGCGAGACAGGACCGAGUGGCUUCUUCGGGAGACGAUUUCUCUCCUCUUCCUCGCCAGCGCUGUCUGUGGCGUCUCCUUCCUCUGCGCCUUCACUGCCGCACGACGCAAAGCUCCCCGAAAUCGUGGAGGCGGUGAGGCCUGCAGUCGUGAGAAUCUACCGGGUACGGAGGGCGAGAAGCCCCACUGUCUGCGGAGACACCUCGCGGCAGGCCGACGAGAGAGCACUCGUCGAAACAAAGAAAGAAACGCCACAAACGUCUCGUGGAAUCGUCACUGUCCACUACGCGGGCUCCGGAUUCGUCCUCAAACCGGAAGGUGUCGUCGUCACUGCGGCGCAUCUGUUUGACGAAGAAAGUUCACCCGAAGACAGCGACGAAGUACGUUUCCAGUUUCCUGGAAACGCAUCUGCGUCCGCAUUGCCACCCUCUCUGCAACCUGCUCUCCUUUCUCCUGCAACGCCCUCUGGAAAAAGUUCGUCGCCUACACCUUUCUCUUGUUCUUCUUCUUCGUUUCCGUCUUGCGGCUUUUCUCUGUCUUCAUGCUCGCCUUUGCUGCGCCUUUUGCCCCGGGCUGCAUUUGAGGACGGCGCGGAGGAAAGUUCGAAAGGCAGUUCAUCUUCGCGGUCUCGCUCUCUCGAUCUGUCGCGCUGCUUGUCAAACCUGUCCUCCCCGUCGAAAAGUCGCGACGACGCGACAGACGAAGAAGUUGUCUACGUCGUGAAGACCGACGACGGCCGGCUUUUUUGGAGCGACCUCCGAGGGAGAGACUCUCGGUCUGAUGUGGCUGUUCUGCGUCUCCGAGCGCCAGAUGGCGCGCCGCUUCGCCUCCCCGGUGUGUCGUUGCAGAGCCCCAUCCAAGAUCCUCGACGACUCGAGAAGAAGGAGAGUCCGUAUCGGCCGAGACUGGGAGAAUUCGUCGUCGCUGUUGGAACAACUUACUGCGGCGAUGAACCUGUGGGUGCGUGUGGCGUCGCGAGCCAGCCAUGUCAGUCGUUUUCUUCCUUGGACGUCGACGCGCAGGUGGGCUACGUCCAGCUGGGUCUCAUCACGCUUCCAGGCAUGUCGGGAUCUCUCGUGGCGAACAUGCGCGGAGAAGUAGUGGGCAUGGUUGUGAAGAAAUUCCAAGAUUACGGGCUCGCACUGCCGAUCCACUUCGUCGCUGCGGUGGCCGAGCAGCUGGACGCGACAGGACGGUACCAAGCGCCCUCGCUAGGCAAAUCCGCACCCGCAGGUCUUCCUGCAGAGGGAGGUCUGGUUUUUCAAAGGCCGACGGCGUUGGCCCAGGUCGCCGCCUUUGCAAUGUCCAGGGACGACGCAGUCGCUGCAUCUCCGACCGACCACGAUCUGCGCGUUGACUCGGUCGUGCCAGGCAGCCCCGCAGAGAAGGCAGGCGUCCGAAAAGGAGAUCUCGUCGUUGCCGCUGACGGAUGUCCAGUUCGUCGUCUGCAUGCACUCUUCGACUUCAUUCUGAGUCGAGCACCCGGAGAUGCGGUCGUGGUAGAUGUUCUUCGAGAGGGGAAGAAACACACAUGCAAGGUAAUUCUUGCUCCGGCGGCAGGCCCCGCUCGACCGCCUACGCAGGAGCCUUAA